UCACAUUCUUUCAGGUGUCAACAAAUCACUGAGACUCCCUAAAUUGAAGUGGAAAAGACACAUAGAAACAAAAGAGAGAAUGGCGAAAUCAUCAUGGGCUGUUGCUUUGAUGGCUGCGGUUGCUCUAGCUAUAGCAGCUCACGAGGCUGCAGCUGCUAGGGUCAUGCCCGCAGAAGGCCUCGCCGACCAGAAGAACUACCUGAGCUACGGCGGAGUGGGCAGCUUCAGCGGCGUCGGCGACAACGGCAUGCCUUUUGGCGGAGUCGGGGGCGGGGUCGGCGCCAACGGCAUACCGGGCAUACCCGGUGGCGUUGGAGCGGGCGGCAUUAUCGGGACCACGCCUAACGGUGGCCUUGCUGGAGUCGGCGGUGUUAUCCCUGGCGGCGUUUCCAGCUUUGGAGGCAACGGUGCUGGCUUCCCCGGCGUUGGAGGCGGCUUCCCCACCGUUGGUGGUGGUGGUGGACUCCCUGGAGUUGGUGGCGCAUUCCCUUCCCCUUGAACCUUUUUUUUUUGUUUUUGUACUAGUUAAUUAAUUUCAAAGUUAGAGUUUUAUGUAAUUGUGUUUACUUAUUUUGCUGUUUAAGGUUAUGAAUGUGUGGCUUGCUUAGGUUCUUGUCCGUUUUGUUAAUGUAGCAUGUAUCAAAUAUUACUACUAUAAAGUUGUUGCGUACCUUUUUUGCAUA